UGCAUGAGCCCAGGUAGUCUUGUCAUUCGACCCGCUGAGACAGGCAGGCGAGCAACAGGACGCAGCCAAAGAAGACAGCGGUUCAAAAUGGCGGGAUUUGCUUGUCUUCUCGUUUUCUGUGUUAGCGCCUCCAUAACCACGAACUGCUUUGCUGUCUUGCCCUCGGACCCACUCACGGACCCCGGACACGACGACCUUGUGCCAGUGGUGGUCCUACAGGAGGACGGUGUGCCUUCGACCGACACGUGGGCGCUCUGGAACGGCUCCUUCCCCGACCUGAGCAGCAUGGCUCUCUGCAUGUGGGUCCAGGCUUCUUACUGGAGGUUGUCCGGGACUGUCUUCAGCUAUGCGGUCGACGAUCUUAUCGACAACGGGAUAAUGCUAAAUAUUCGGCAGAAUUCCAUUGCACUUGUUUACUACAAUGAGGAAGUCCUUAUGCAUAUAAGGAAGAACCCGCUGCUGCGGUGGACGCAUCUCUGCCUGGCGGCGUCCGACAGCGGCUUCCAGCUCUACCUGGAUGGCGUGGCCGUCCCGAACCACUUGGUCGCGGCCAGAGGCAAAAAAUGGAAAGCCAAGCAGGGCCUGGAAGGCGGUGGGACGCUGGUUCUAGGCCAAGACCAGGACACUCCCGGGGACGGUUUCAGUGCAUCGGAUUCCUUCUCCGGCCUCAUCGCAGACCUUCAGGUGUUUAACAAGGUUCUGACGCAAGACGACAUCACAGCAGCGGCCCAUUGUCGGAAGGCCAUCCCGAAUGCACUCAUUACCUUUUUAAAUAACGAUUGGAUAUUUAAUAAUGUAACAAGACGUUCAGUCAACAGGGAGGAGUUCUGCAGAAACAACCAGGAACAGUUUUUCCUUGUCUUUCACCAGACUGUGAAUCUCGAGACCCACAGGCAGUUGUGCAGCGCUAUAGGUGGUCACGUGCCGCAUGAAAAUUCUACACGAGAGAUUUUUAUGUCCUUGAUGGAAUAUGCUAUGAACUGGUACGCAAAUUUCAUUAAACUUCAUACCAGAAUCAUCAGUACAAACUUUAAUUGUGAACAGCUAGGCAUGUUUACCACAUUUGCAUUUUUGUGGAGGCCAGGAGAAAAUUCUUCUUACAGCAUUGACUGCAAACUAGACUACGCUGGAGGCAAUUACUUUAUGUGUGACAUACGUAGGGAAACUGUUUAUAGACUUAAUGGACUACCAGAAAACAUACAAGAUCAAGUGGAUAGCCAUUACCUCCUGUAUCGCAACCAUGGACAUCAUCUGUUGCGAGGAAUUAGUAAAUCUUACAUCCAGCACAGUGGCGAUCGAUGGUGCCUCUAUGCUAUCCAGAAGGAGGGACCCUUCUACUGCUAUUUGUCAAAUUCGGACUAUCCUCCCGUGGGGCGCAGGCAAUGGAAUGCUUCGAAGCUCUUGCUCACAAUAUGCGACAGAAGCCAGUUUACGUGCGAUUCUGGCAACUGCGUCGAAAUUAACAAGAGGUGUGAUAUGCAUGCGGACUGCGAAGACAAGUCUGAUGAGAGUGAGUGCUCUGUGGUCAAGGCCAACCACCGCAACGUCAAAAGCAUGGCCAGCAUACCUUUAAGCCCUUUGUUGGUCGCUGGAAACAUUAAGAUUUCCAGCAUUCCAGAAAUUGAUAUAUCUCGCAGUGUCUUUGCUAUGCGCCUUCUGGUCGGCCUGACAUGGGAAGACGAACGCCUCUACUUGUACAACGUCAGGGAGUUAUCAGUGAUUAAGAAGGAGCACUUCUGGGCGUGGCACCCUCAUGUGCAGCCGGUCCCUGCUAAGAUGGGGGAGACGCCUAAAUCCACCGUUUUCAUAGUCAGGAGGAAGUGUCCUGGUCAACCUACUUUGUGUUCGAUCACUGAAGAAAACGAGUUCAGUCCGAACUGCUCGGAGGUCACGAUGGAGAGCGAUUACCAAGUGGACUGGUAUUGCAACUUUGACCUGCGCAACUUCCCCUUCGAGACCGUGCUCUGCAACAUCACGCUCUAUCUGACGAGCUACCAACUCUGGGACAAGGACAACAUAGCGUUCAACAUGCCUCAGACGGACAACCUGCAAUAUUGCGUGUCCCUCAAGGGCAUGGCGGUGAACGACUCGCAGCUGACCUUCACGCUGGCCUUCAAGCGGCAGUUCGGCGGCUACCUCGUCACGACCUUCAUCCCCAUCGCGGUGGUGAGCUUCCUCGCCGCGCUCUCCUUCCUGUUCGACCCCGAGGACUUCACCAACCGCGUGAUGGUGACGCUCAGCUGCUUCAUUGUGGUGGCGUCGCUCUUCUCGCAGGUAUCGGCGUCGCUGCCGCCCACCUCCUACGUCAAGCUCGUCGACAUCGUGUUCCUGGCCACCAUCUUCCUGCUGUCCGUCGUCUUCGCCUCCCACGUCACCUUCGCCCUCCGACGCCGCAGCGGGGACAAGGGCGGGAAGAAGCCCUUCGUCGUCCAGGUCGGCCCUCGCAAGAUGUAGGGCGGCUCGAGAGACGGACAGAUAGAGAUACAUAGAGAGAGAGAGAGAGAGAGAGAGAGAGAGAGAGAGAGAGA